CUCAUCAUUCGGCAAGACGGCGAGAUUGAGCAGCCCGAGGACAAGCUCAACAAGCAAGACGUCAUCAACGAGUACGGCCUCCUGCCUCGCGACCUGCGCUCGCUCGACGCCCACAUCCUCGACGUCCGCCCGGCCCUCGUCGUCUGCCAGCGGUCCCUCAUCCUGUGCACGCCCGUCGUGCGCGCCAUCAUCGCGUCCGACAGCGUCGUCCUCAUCACGACCGACAAGCACAACCCGAUCUGCACCUCGGACCAGAGCGUCGACCUCGCGCGCGCCAUGCAGCAGGUCAUGCGGUACCUCGAGCUGUCGGGCUCGGCGACCGGCCAGGACAACGUGCCCCCGUUCGAGCUGCGCGCGCUCGAGGCCCUGUUGCUCCUCACGGCGCGCGGCGUGCGCAACGUCGUCACCGAGCUCCAGGAGCGCGUGUACCGUACCAUCCCGCAGCUGAGGUUUGGCGUCAGUCCGGCAGAGCUGCGCGACCUCCUCGAGUGCAAGCGCACGGUCGAGGACUGCUUGAUGAGCGGGCGCGCAAUGCAGAGCGCUCUGUCGACCGUCCUUGGCGAGGACGAGGACCUCGCCAACAUGUACCUCACCGACAAGGUCAACGGCGUCAAGCGCUCGAUCGACGACCACCAGCAGGCCGAGCUGCUUCUAGAGUACUGCAUGAACCUCUCGAGCGGCCUCGAGGAGCACCCGUCGGCCUUCUACUGGGCCGUCACAUCGAUGGCGUCUCUCAUGAUGGGCAUCACGGCCAUCUGCUGGGUGCGCCUCAUCCGCGCGCGCCGGUCGCAGCUCUUCCUGCGCUCGGCGCGCGCGACGAGGGACGACAACCUGACGAGCGCGACGAGGUGGAGGGCGGGGCCGGUUGGGGCGGGGACGGGCGGUAGGGCGGGCCAAAGUGGCGGUGGAGGAGGGGGAGGGGCGGCAAGGAAGAGGGACGUGCGGGACGUGGAUGCGCACGAGGCGGUCGAGGAGGUGACGGGUCAGAGCGGCGGCGGCGGCGGCGGCGGGUCGGGGCGGGACGCGCUGCACCGCAAGGACGGCACGACGCUGUAG